AUGGAAAGAACACAACCUGCACCUUAUCUGCCACCGGAGACUUUGGUAGAGAUCUUUAGUAUUGUUGGAGAAUAUAAUAUAAAGUCAUUAUAUCCUUGUCUCCUUGUAAAUAAACUUUGGUGCGAGAGUGCUGCGUUGAUGUUAUGGAAAAAACCAUUUGAAGUAACUUCAUUAAGAGCUUCAGCUAAAUUAGUCAGUAUAUAUUUUUUAUUCUUCUCUAAAGAGACGAAAGCUACGUUACUUAAUAUCGAUGGAAUAGAUGUAUCUCAUCCAACAUUACAACAUCCAAAAAUGGAUU